AUGGUGAUCGCAAUUUCAAAGCACUUUGGAUGGCCCAUCGACCAGCUUGAUGUGGUGACGGCUUUCCUGUAUAGCUUCAUGAAGGAACAAGUGUUCCAUGUGAUUCCUGAAGGCGUUGAACUUGAUAGUACGUUCGACUGCCUGGAAUCGGUGAAGUCAAUUUGCGGCCUCAAGCAAGCGUCUCGAGUGUGGAAUGCGACAUUCGACGAGUUUGUGUACUCCAUUGGAUUCCAGGUAUCGGACUUCGACCCAUGUCUCUACUUCAAGACUUCGGUUGGCCAUCGUGUAUUUGUACUGGUCUACGUGGACGACGUUUUGGUGACUGGAAGCUCGCUCGAGCUAAUAGCACGAUCCAAGAACGACCUGAAGACACGAUUCGAGAUGACAGACAGCGACAAGUGUGUGUUGUAA